GGGGGGCGGAGGAAUGAAUAGGAGACAAAAUUUUGGCAGGAGUAAGUGAAUUGUUUAACCUACCUUCUUAUUCGCACACACACCCCUCACCUCUCCAUCCAUCACCCGCCUCCAAACAUCUAAGGUAAAACUUUGAUUAAAAAAAAAUAAUAGCAGCAAUUUAGUGAUCUUCCCAGCUAUGAAGACAGAAAACAUGUUGACUAUCUCUGUCCCUCCAAAUCUAUAAGAUAGUUCUCCAUAGCAUUGAGUGGCAUUAGCAUUGCCUUCUGGGAAAGGUGAUCUAUGUCUUUUGCCAUCUGAGGUGACAAACUUCACAGCUGACCGGCCACCUACCUGUCCUCUAUGUUCAAGUACUCCUAGGCAGCUGUCUUGCUUUUCCUUGCAAAGGAGACCAUUGGCAGAGAUAAGUGAGGGUAGGGGGUGAGGAGGCGUUGAAGGACACAUCGGGGAGGGCAAGCAAGAGGACACACCAGCUGCAUUGUUUGGUGCUGUGUAUCUGGAAGAAGGAGUGACAUCUCCUCUGAGUCUUGCAUAUAUUUGUCACUCCUUGUAGGAUAGAUCCACCUUCACUCAUGGACUUACUGCAGGUAGAAUGAGAGAGGUUGCCCACUCCAGAGGCGCCAAGGCAAAACCUCACACAGACUGACAGCUGGACGGGAAGGAGCAGCUUAGAAACAGUAUGAGGCUAAAGCUGAGAGGAUUGGACCUUUGCCACACGGUGCUCUGCAUUGGGUUAAUGCUCUGCGGGGAAGGAGGGGUGUCUUCAGUACUGGCCCUUGGAGCUAGUAUCAUAUGCAGCAAGAUGCCAGGCUUGUCGUCUCGCCAGAGAACUAUCUGCCAAGCUCGUCCUGACGCUAUAAUAGCCAUUGGUACAGGAGCUCGCAUGGGAAAUGAGGAGUGCCGCUACCAAUUCCAGCGCAGCAGGUGGAACUGCAGCUCUUUAGGGGAGCCAAGUCUAUUCGGACAGGAGCUAAAAGUAGGCAGCCGGGAGGCAGCAUUUUUUUAUGCCAUCCUGUCAGCUGGUAUCGCCCAUGCCAUCACCAAUGCUUGCAGUCAUGGCAACCUGACCUAUUGUGGCUGUGAUCGAGAGAAGCAUGGCUACCAUGAUCCUGAGAAAGGCUGGAGAUGGGGAGGGUGCUCAGCCGAUAUCAAGCAUGGCAUCCGAUUAUCCCGGGAGUUUGUGGAUGCACGUGAGGUGAAAAGAAGCGUCCGCACACUGAUGAACUUGCACAACAACAUGGUGGGGAGAAAGAUCUUAGAAAAGAACGUUCGUCUGGAAUGCAAAUGUCAUGGCGUGUCAGGUUCCUGUACCCUGAAAACCUGCUGGGAGACACUACCCAACUUCCGAGAGGUGGGCUAUGCGCUAAAAGACAGAUAUGAGCAGGCCGUGAUGGUGGAAGCUAUGAAGGGAAGAAGGCAGAUGCUGCCGGCUUUUCUCAAACUCAAGAACCCACAAGGUUACAGUAAGCCAGGAGAGAAGGACUUGGUAUAUGUUGAUCAUUCCCCUAAUUUCUGCGAGAGGGACAAUACUACAGGCAGCAUGGGCACCCAGGGCCGGCUGUGUAACCGCACAUCCACUUUGUCAGACAGCUGCGAGAUCCUGUGUUGUGGUCGGGGAUACAAGACUUUUCAGUAUAUCCACACAUGGCAGUGCCACUGUAAGUUUCAUUGGUGCUGCCACGUGACUUGUAGCUCAUGCAGCGAAAGGACGCAGGCCUACACUUGCAACUGAAUCAGUGAUGGCUAAGGAAUAAUAAAGAUGGAGUGAAGGGGUCCUUACCAGUGUAUGUGGGGGGCACUCCUGCCGGGAGGUCUUCGUUAUUGCUUCUGAUAUUACUGUGAAAUAGCAAAUGGAGGAGCUACUGAAUUGCUAGCAGAGAAGACAGGCAAAGAGCUGCAAAGAAUCCAGAGGGCAGACUCAAAGGAUGUUGAGUUGCAUUGAGAUACAGAGCACCACACUGUGAAGAGUGGAGAGUGAGGGGGUAGUCGCUAAACACAAGAACCUUCCAGUGAAGUGUGGAGCAAAGAAUAUUUUGCAUUGCACUAAAAACACAGGUGCAGAAACACUGAAGAAUCCAUAGUGGGGAUAACCAAUAAAGACCAUGGGGUAGAUUUAUCAUAGUGCGAGCAGACAUGAUACAAUGUAGCGUAUCAUGUCCGCUGCAUACGCUGUCUGCAUUUAUCAAUGCACCAGCAGUUCUUAUAAACUACUGGUGCAAUGCCACCCCCUGCCGAGGCGGACAAGUUAUGGAGCAGAGCUCUUUAGACCGUUGCUUCAUAACUUCUGGAGCUUGAUCAAUCGGCCCCCAUUUCUGUAAACCAAAUCUGAAAAUGAAAUGAAGCUGUAUAUGUGAAAUCAUGAAACAUUUCUGUAAUGGACUGACAGAAGGUGGCUGGAAUUACAGAAAAAUACACACUGAUGAUCUAGCUGUAACCCUACAUUAGCCAUGGUUCAUCAAGAGGCAAUGGGGCCUAUCUAUCAAGCUCUGAAUGGAGCUUGAUGCCCCGUGUUUCUGGCGAGCCUGCGGGCUCGCCAGAAACAGCCGUUAUGAAGCAGCGGUCACAAAGACCGCUGCUCCAUAACCUGUUUGUCUGCUCUGAGCAGGCGGAUAGACAUCGCCGGAAAUCAACCCGAUCGAGUACGAUCGGGUUGAUUGACACCCCCUGCUGGCGGCCUAUUGGCCGCAAGUCUGCAGGGGGCGGCGUUGCACAAGCAGCUCUUGUGAGCUGCUGGUGCAAUGCUGAAUACGGCAAGCGUAUUGCUCGCUGUAUUCAGCGAGGUCUGGCGGACCUGAUCCGCACUGUCGGAUCAGGUCCGCUAGACUUUCUUAAAUAGGGGCCAAUAUGUUGGGCUAAAAAAUGACAAAAAGUGAUUAAGUAAUACAAUAUUGGGUCACAUAGAUACAAACAGGUUGCUGCGCCUCCUUGACAGGCGUAGUGUCACGUAGCAGCGUGCAAAACCUGUGCUGUGUUUAUAUCUCAUCAGCCCCCAUAACAUAAGAGUGUAACCUAACUCUUGGAAUAACACAGUAUGGUGUUUGUAAGUACUAAAAUACGUAAAAAAAUAAAUAAACAACGCAUAAGAUAUUAAGAGUUUUUGUUAUUCAUAUGUGAUUAGAUGCAGUGAAAUAUUUUCAUUCCAAAGUCACAUGAAAACAGUUUAUAAGACAGUUUUGUAUUUACUUACAGAUGCAAUUUCUAAUUCAUGGAUGUGUAAAUAGGUAAACUGUGUUAUAUAAAUAAAUGAUAAUAUGUUUUUUUAUGGAGAUGUUUAUACUGGAACAUGUUGUAAAGGGAUAUACAAGUCAAAAUUAAAGGGACAGUAAACACCUUGUAAUUACAUUUCUGUUGUAGAACAACAUAUCAGCUAAGUCUAAAUGUUUUUUAAACAAAUUAACAUCCUUUAUACUGCAAUUGUGUUACAGUAACUAAACUCCACCUACCAUUUUCCUUAUUUGGGUGAGCCAAUUUGGGCUUGAGUCUGCAGACAACAAGGGUAGUCAUAACAUUAGUAUAAAAUGUAUUGUUUUACAGUUAUUAUCAGUUAAAAUCAGUUAGGGACAUAUAUGUAGCAGGGUUAGGCUUGAUAAGUUAGCGGGGUACAUUUCAAGUUCUGAGAAUAAGAAAAUCCUCAGUUUUUAAAGCCAAUGUACAUGAAAAGGGAACAAAAUAAAUAAUGACAGUAUAUUGCAAAGUUGUUUCAUUACACUUAACAAAAACAUUUGAUAUAAAAAGGUGUUAACUGGCUCUUUAAUGGAUUUAGAUAGAGUGUGACAUUUUAUAAAACAUUACAGUUUCUUCUAUGACCAAAUUUCUUAUGGUCUCCUAUCCAUUAGUGAAUAUUGAGGUAUGGUCAGGAGUGUGCACGUGUCUUGAGCACCGUAUGUAUAAAAUCAUUGACACAUAGGGGCCGAUUUAUCAAUCAGUGGAUUCUGCUUAUUCCACGCGAGCCUUCAGAAACAAAUAGGGCAUGUCAUUUUAAACAACUUUCCAAUUUACUUUUAUGACCAAUUUUGCUUUGUUCUCUUGAUAUUCUUAGUUGAAAGCUAAACCUAGGUGGUUCAUAUGCUAAUUUCUUAGAUCACGAAGGCCGCCUUUAAUCCAAAUGUAUUUUGACAGUUUUUCUCCACUAGAGGGCAUUAGUUCAUGUGUUUCAUAUAGAUAACAUUGAGCUCAUGCACGUGAAUUUACUGUGGAGUGAGCACUGAUUGGCUAAAAUGCAAGUCUGUCAAAAGAACUGAAAUAAGGGGGCAGUCUGCAGAGGCUUAGAUACAAGGUAAUCACAGAGGUAAAACGUGUAUUAUUAUUAUAACUGUGUUGGUUAUGCAAAACUGGGGAAUGGGUAAUUAAGGGAUUAUCUAUCUUUUAAAACAACAAAAAUUCUGCUAUUGACUGUUCCUUUAAAUUGUAUGCUCUGAAUCAUGAAAGAAAAAUUGUGGGUUUCAUGUCAAUUUCAAGGGUUGAUUUGAACGUAUUGUUUGAUAAUUAUCUGCAUAUUAAAAGGAUCAAUCAACGUACCGGCCCUUCAACCUGUGCUGUAAUCUCUAAACCCCCCAAAUUACCAUUUGUUUGUCAUCAAUUGCACACAUUUGUAUUUUAUAUAUAAUGUUUUCCUGCUAUCAGUUCCAUGCUUGAGGGGUAUUAAUAGCAGAAGCAUGUUUUGGGUUUUGCUCACUGGAAAAAAGCACUCACAAUACUGGCAAAGAUACAAAAAUUGUUAUCUGAUGAAAAAAGUGCAAGGUUGGCAUCAGUUUCUAAGUUUGAUAACAGUUCUUGCACGAUAUUAUUAAAGAGAUUUUAAUAAAUGUUAAUAAAUGUUUAAUAAAUGUUUAUGUGUAGUUAAAAAGAA